GUCAUCGAAUGACAUUUCAUUGUGUUGCACAGUGUUUUGGUAUGUUUUUGGUUGCAAAUUGUUGAGUCAAAAUAAUUUCCAAGUUGAACAAAUACCGCAACUCCUUUUCUGCACAUCGUAUGGUCGUUGUUGGCACGAAUUGAGUUUGAUCAUGAGACAGUGAAGUCAAUCGUUGGAUUCGAAAAUAAACAAUUUUAUCAACACGUUCAGCCCGUUCGUACAACCAUGUCUCAAAUGUCCAUACAAAACACAAUCAAAGCCGAAUGCAUUCUGCCCCAAAUGCUAUGUCGAAUAUGUGCAACCGAGCAGACUGAUGACGAUUGCAUGAACAAUCUGUUGACAUCGAUCCACGAGGGACAGUAUUUCGUCGACAUUCUAGAGGAAUGUCUACAGCGGCCCGUUGCCCGAGACAAUGGUUUUCCGCUGAGCAUCUGUCUCGACUGUACAUCGAGUUUGAUUAACGUCCACAACUUUCGCUUAACGUACAAUGGCAGCGAAAGGAAAUUCAAGGAAAUGCUGGACCUUCACCUGGUCGCGGACGGACUGGAGCAAAAGGUUGAGGUGACCGAAUCGGAAAGUGACAUUAAGCCGAGUUAUUUCAUCGACUGUGCAGCUGUUGAUGAUGUGGUGCGUGAUGACUGUGAUGAAACCGAUGACCGAGAGAGAAAACACAUCAAGAAGGAUGUGAAACCGCAAGUGGCACCGGAACGGAGCAGACGGAGACGUUACGAGUGUUACCAAUGUAAGCUGCCGUUUCGACGGGUCGCUCGUCUGCGAAUACAUCUGACCAAUUAUCACGCACCCGACAAGCUCUGGACGUGUUCCGAUUGCCAGAAGCAAUUUUCCAGCCGCAAAAAUCUGAUGAAACACUUCUACAAGCACACCAGCACGAACUGCGACCGUUGUCCGGCUACGUUCACAGCGUUACGUGAUUUGCAACACCAUUACCAACGGUCGCACAAAGACGAACUGACACAUCAUCAGUGCGAUCAAUGUCCACGGAAAUUCGUGCUGAGCGCUCAGCUACGUAUUCACAUGCACAACCAUCUCAACCGGAAGAAGACCACACACACGUGCAACACUUGCAGCGAAACAUUUACGACCGAGGUUCAGUUGAAGGGACACAUACGGGCGCUGCAUACGACCUACCUGUGCUCGGAAUGCGGCAAAACGUUCAAAAAUAAUUCACUGUUGGCCAGUCACCAGAAGAUCCACAGCUCGGACAAACCGUUCGGGUGCGCGCUGUGUCCGAGUCGAUUCAAAUGGAAAGUGGCGUUGACCUAUCACAUGACAAUUCACAAGCAGGAACGGAAACACGUUUGCGAAACCUGUGGAACGUCUUUUUCCACCAGAUCGGCAAUGAAGGGACACAUGAAAAUCCAUACCGGCGAACGUCCGUACGAAUGUGACAAAUGUUCGAAGCGAUUUUACCGGCGCUCACAUCUCAAACGACACCAUCUGAGCCAUACCGGCGAGAAACCAUUCAUCUGCAAAUACUGCGACAGAGGAUUCCGCCAGUGUGCCCAACUGAACAAGCAUCUACGAUUGCAUGUUGGCGAAAAUACGUACCAGUGUCAGCUGUGUCCGAUAAAGUUUCGAUUGAAGGCCGAAAUGAAGAAGCACGAAUACGAGCACUACGAAAGUAAGGACUUUGUGGCUGCGGCUGUGAACGCAAUCGAACAAACGGAUGGUUCGUGAGCAGUUGAAGCUAAUUGUUGGUCAAUGUGUUUUGAGUAUAUUUGUGAUUGUU